ACAUGGCUGCGCCAAUCACAAGAUGGCCGCACGAAUUCUCGAUAUAUCACAUGAUUUUGAGACAAUUUCCCGCAGCCUUCUGCUCUUGAGCUUCUGGCGUGACGUCAUUUCCUUUGAGGAGAGAUCACAGAACCACACGUGGUACUAGCACGCCAGAAUGCCAAAAUCAAAGGAGAUCUUGUCUUCAAGCUCAUCUGGAAGUGAUUCCGAUAGUGAAGUUGACCAGAAGGUAAAGAGAAAAAAGCAACCACCUCCAGAAAAAGAGAAGCCAGCAAAGAAACAGAAAACAGGGGAAAGUUCCAAGGGUGGUGCUUCUUCAAGGCAAAGCAGUGGCCCUGAGGAUAAUAUGUUCCAGAUUGGAAAAAUGAGAUAUGUUACCGUUAGGGACUUCAAAGGAAAAGUCCUGAUUGACGUCAGAGAAUACUUUAUGGAUCAAGCAGGAGAAAUGAAGCCAGGAAGAAAAGGCAUUUCUUUAAAUCCUGAGCAGUGGAACCAACUGAAGGAGCAGAUGUCGGAUAUCGAUGAUGCAAUUAGAAAACUGUAGAAUUCUACCCAACUAUAUUUUCAUUUUAAGCACUCUUUUUACAUUCGCUGUUUUACUUUUUGGUUUUUUUUUUUUUUACAUGCUAUUGUACAUUUGGAUUGUAAAACAAUUUGUCAGAUAUUACACUUGUGCUUCAAAAUUGCGUAGAAAUUGACACCACGCUACUAUAAAUUCUUUUUUUUUUUUGUUUGUUUCCCAUUAAAAAAAUAUCCUUAA